AUGGUCUGCAAGAAAUGCGAGAAGAAAACGAGCGCGGUCGCGACGUCGGAUCCGUUCAAGGCAGGGUCUGGGGCGAUCCGCAAGCUUGGCGAGAACAAGCUGUUGAGUGCCCGGGCUAAGGCUGCGCCAUAUGCCAAGCCUGGAGCGAAUAAGAGCACGGUCAACACGUUCGGGAACAAGUGUAUCGACUGCAAACGAUCAGUCGCACAGAACAUGGCGACGCGGUGCCAGAAGUGCGCGUACAAGAAGGGGCUGUGCGCGAUCUGCGGCAACAUUGUGCUCGACACGAGUCGGUACAAGCAGAGCGUCAAGUAG